CUGCCGCGCCGCCUUUGUUCGGCUGCAGCCCCUGCCCAGGGCAGCGGAAGUUUGAGCCGGGGGCUGCUGCAACUGCAACUGCAACUGCAACUGCAACUGCAACUGCAACUGCAACUGCAACUGCAACUGCUGCCGCUCCCAGCUCCGUCUCGGCUCAGCUCAUCGUCCCCGCCCAGGCGGCAGCAUGGACCUGGAGAGCAAAGUGAAGAAGAUGGGCUUGGGCCAUGAGCAAGGAUUUGGUGCCCCCUGCUUAAAAUGCAAGGAUAAGUGUGAAGGAUUUGAGCUUCACUUCUGGAGAAAAAUAUGCCGCAACUGCAAAUGUGGCCAGGAAGAGCAUGAUGUCCUCACAAGCAAUGAGGAAGAUCGGAAAGUGGGAAAACUCUUUGAAGAUACAAAAUACACAACCCUUAUUGCAAAGCUGAAGAAUGAUGGCAUUCCCAUGUAUAAACGCAAUGUAAUGAUACUGACUAAUCCAGUGCCAGCCAAGAAGAACAUAUCCAUCAAUACUGUGACUUAUGAGUGGGCUCCUCCUGUUCACAAUCAGACACUUGCUAGACAGUAUAUGCAGAUGCUACCAAAGGAGAAGCAGCCUGUUGCUGGCUCAGAAGGCGCACAGUACAGGAAGAAGCAGUUGGCUAAGCAGCUGCCUGCUCACGAUCAGGAUCCUUCAAAAUGCCAUGAGCUCUCCCCCAAUGAAGUUAAGCAGAUGGAACAAUUUGUGAAGAAGUACAAAAACGAGGCACUUGGCGUAGGAGAUGUCAAGCUCCCUGGUGAGGUGGAAACAAGAGCUACUGGCAAGAAUAGUUUGAACAAUGAUAACAGAAGCACCUCAGCUGCUGUAGGAGCGAUGGAGGACAAGUCCUCAGAUCAGAAGGCAUCUCAAUAUUCUUGCUAUCGCUGCAAACUGAACAUGAAAGAAGGUGACCCAGCUGUCUAUGCAGAACGUGCUGGAUAUGACAAAUUGUGGCACCCAGCUUGUUUCGUCUGUUGCGUCUGCAGUGAACUUCUAGUAGACAUGAUCUAUUUCUGGAAGAAUGGCAAUCUGUACUGUGGAAGACACUAUUGUGAUAGUGAAAAACCCCGCUGCGCUGGAUGUGAUGAGCUAAUAUUCAGUAAUGAAUAUACUCAAGCGGAAGGUCAAAACUGGCAUCUGAAACACUUCUGCUGUUUUGACUGUGAUUGCGUUUUGGCUGGGGAAAUCUAUGUAAUGGUGAAUGACAAGCCAGUCUGCAAACCCUGCUAUGUGAAGAACCAUGCUGCGAUCUGCCAAGGCUGUCAUAAUGCUAUAGAUCCAGAAGUGCAACGCGUGACGUACAACAACUUCAACUGGCAUGCUAGGCAGGAAUGCUUCUUGUGUUCCUGUUGCAGCAAGUGUCUAAUUGGCCAGAAGUUCAUGCCGGUGGAAGGGAUGGUCUUUUGCUCAGUGGAAUGUAAGAAAAAGAUGAUGUCUUAAGAGAAGAAGAUGUGCACAGAACCAAGCAUUGCUGCGUUCCAAAGGCUCUUGCAUUUCUACUGUAAAAUAUAUAGUAUUGGGGCAUUUAAAGUUAUUGAAAGUAUUAAAUAGCAUUUUCCCAAAGAUUUUUUUUUUAUGACUAAAACUUUGUAUGUAAUCUUCAUUUCUUAGCCAUAAGAAAUGGCUUUCUUUUUUUUUUAGUUUUGUUUUUGAAUCUUAUGUGAAAUGACUUUGUGUCCCAGAAAUGUAAGAACAAAUAUAUUAUGAACUAUAUACACUUUAAGGGAGCUCUUUACCGUGAAGGAUCUGUUUCUGUAUCUUGUCUAGUGAAAGAAAAUGUGAAAAGGUUCUUCCACUUUUUGUUUCACUAAAUUACCAGUUUUAUAGUUUCCCUGCUUUCAUUAAGCACUUUAGACAAAAUGAUCAGCUUUACUGACACAGAGUUUUGUUCACUAGGUCUCAAGUAUGCAGGGAGAAUGAAGCUUAAAGAAAAAGGUAGCCUGUAAUCAUUUGCCUGUUGUUGACACAUAGGUUCUUGAGGGAUAGUGACUACACUCACAUCUGGUUUGUACAGUAACUCUGCACUCAUAGAAAACUGUUGGCUCAUGUUUCUCUUUCUUACAUUUGUUCAUGCCUGGAAGUUUCCAUUUAAUGAAUAUUGAUAUUACUUUACAGAUUUAGGGGGUGGUGGAAUAUAAGAGAAAGUCUUGCCUAGAUUUAAAAAAAAAAAAAAAUAAACCCACCAGCAUUAGUGGGUGUUGCCCUUUCAGAAUUGGUUUAUCUUUUGGCAUGAAUGAUCUUUCCAUAAAUUGUGCCUUCUAUUGGAGAGAUAUGGCACACCAUACCAUAUGCAUUUCCAAGAAUGUAAUUCUGCAGAAGGAUCAUACUUAGGCUUUUGAUUUGUGAGUUUCUAACCAAAGCACAAAGAAGUCUUUCCCAGAAGACUUCCAGUAUUUGAGUGAAAAAAAAAAAAAAACCAAACAAAACCAAACCACAAUUGUGCAUUAGUUUUGCUUACUAGAUAAACCAAAUGCAUAGUUUUCUUUCUUUUGCUUAAGAGUUGCAGAUCUACAGUGAAACUCGUUAGCUAGCUUUGUGCCAGACAGUGAAUGGAAAGUCUUGGCCCCAAAAAAGUAUUGGCUGUGUUGUAACACAAAUAAAAUUGGUGUUGUUCACUUCAAUUGUCUAAUUCUGGUCUUGUUGAAUCCCUUUUAAGGGAGGCAAAGAGUAGGGCAAAUGUUGCCGUACUUCUUCUUAGCUUUGACAUUAUUUCCGAAAACGUUAAGGCCUAUAUUGCUGUAAAGCUCUUGCUGUCUUAUGUAAGUAUCUUGAUAUACUUACAAUUGCAAAACGGUGAGUCUUGUUCCAAUAAAUACACAACUUCAGAACUUUUUGUUUACAUGAACUAUGGCCUUAAAUAUAUUUUAAAACAUAGCACAGGAAGUUUUGCAUUCAAACAGGUGAGCUGAUGUGCUGAGAAAAUAAAGUGCAUUGUGGUCCUUAAGUACUGCAAAAGUAGGACACUGGUGUGAGCUACAUACUUUUUAUAUAUUGUCUAAACUGAGAUAUAAACUUCAGGUCCAUGUUCUGUAAGCCUGUACAGCUUUUCUUGGGGAACUUCAGGAUGUAUGAUUAAAUGUAUAUCUUUCACCUUACAACAAUGGAGCCAUAUUCUUGCUAAAUCUGCCAUUUCAAACCAAAGAAAACCAGGAUGCCUCAGUCAGAGAAAGUGUUUCCAUUUAAGUGCUCCUUAACCUAUAGCAG